AUGGAGGAGGAGGGGGGAGGGGACGAGGAUGAGGAGAGUAUGGUGCCCAGUGUGCACAGGCUGGGGGCAGCUGACAUAGCGAAAGGAUCUGUGAAUGCUAUCGGCAAUGUACCUGCUUCUUUUGACACCUUCAUCCCUCCUCCGGUUCGCGAGCCUUCCCCGCAGGCCUGUGAUGAUCUGGCACCAGAACCACCUUCAAAGCGUGCACGGGUUGAAGACGCAGUUGAUGAAGAUGACAUACCAUCGGGGCACUUCUACGAGGAGUACACGCACCGUGCUGCAGCGACUGCCCAUGCACAUGGCCAGACAGUGUUUGCAACUCAUCGUGAGCGAGUACGCGAAGCCAACACAAGUGAAUACGCACCUUUCGAGGAUCAGGAAGAAUGGGAAUUGGCUGAAUGGUUGAUGAAGAAUCUUGGUCAGAAUAGAAUUGAUGAAUAUCUGGCGCUGCCCAUCACGCAGAAGCGUACCCAGCCGUCAUUUCACAAUACUCGUUCAUUUCUGCAGAAGAUCGAUGACCUACCGACUGGUCCUGCCUGGUCAUGCAAGAAGGUCCUCGUGCAUGGCAACGUCACUGAUGAGAACGGGGAAAUCAUGAAGGAGGAGGUGGAGCUGUGGCUUCGGGAUCCUGUCGAGUGCGUGAGGGAGCUCAUAGGGAAUCCACUCUUCCGUGACUCCAUGGCCUAUGUGCCAGAACGUGCAUUCGCGGACAAGGAGGGAUCAAGACGCAUCUACGAUGAGAUGUGGACUGGUGAGUGGUGGUGGGAGACACAGGAAAAACUGCCCGAAGGCGCGGUGGUUGCUCCAGUGAUCUUGUCAUCGGACAAAACGAAGCUCUCCCAGUUUCGAGGAGAUCAAUCUGCAUGGCCGGUGUACUUGAGCAUUGGCAACAUAUCUAAGGAGACACGACGUCAUUCAUCUGCGCGUGCCAUGGUGCUCAUUGGAUACCUCCCGGUGAUCAAACUUACCUGCUUCACGGAGAAGACUCGUUCCCUUGCUGGAUAUCGGCUCUUCCACCAUUGUAUGUCACUCCUCCUUGCCCCACUGGUGGAUGCCGGCAAGAAUGGUGUCGACAUGGUAUGCGCUGACUCUUUCAUCCGGCGUGUCUUUCCAAUCGUGGCCUCAUACGUUGCUGACUACCCGGAGCAAUGUCUUGUUGCGUGUUGCAGUGAGAACAGUUGUCCUCACUGUACAGUGUCUCCAAAAGCCCGAGGCGACCUCCUUGACACGUUGGAAUUCCGAGACCCUGAGAAGACGUAUGAGACACUCCAAAAGAAGAAGAACGGACUCGAACCUGCCGCAUUCCAAGAGCAGAAUCUCCGUGCUGUCUACAAGCCAUUCUGGCAUAACCUACCUCACUGCGACAUUUAUUCAUGCUUCACUCCAGACUUGCUGCAUCAACUGCAUAAAGGUGUAUUCAAAGAUCAUCUUGUCAGUUGGUGUAUCAACAUCGUAGGAGAGAAGGAAAUUGACCGACGAUUCAAGGCCCUCGCAGGAUAUCCGGGGCUGAGGCACUUCAAGAAAGGAAUAUCCUUUGUCACGCAGUGGACAGGCACAGAGCAUAAGGAGAUGCAAAGGGUGUUUGUCGCAUUGCUUGCGGGCGCCGUGCCGGCAGAGGUUCUCAUUGUCGCUCGGGCGCUCCUCGAUUUCAUCUAUUACGCACAGCUCCGCCUUCACACGACUGCAACUCUUGCGUGCUUGGAUGCAUGUUUGAAGACAUUCCACGAUUACAAGGAGAUCUUCAUUGACCUCCAGGUGCGCACUCAUUUCAACAUCUCGAAGCUCCAUGUUCUCCAGCACUACGUGAAUGCAAUUCAUUUGUAUGGGACUCCUGACGGCUUCAACACGGAGCUCCCGGAACGCUUGCAUAUCGACUACGCGAAGGAGGCGUAUCGUGCAAGCAACCGUCGAGACUACGAAGAACAAAUGGCACUCUGGCUUCAGCGUCAGGAGGCCGUCUAUCAACGCAGCGCCUAUCUGACCUGGACAACCCGUGCCGCUACAAUUUCUAUGACAGCUCAGGCCCGACCACCCAUCAACGUUGAUGAGGGCUAUGAUUCCGAUGCCGAAGAUGAUGAGCCAGUGGAAUGCCACAUCACAGAACCCACGGAGUCGGUGCACCAACUUGCCAAGACUUGUCCUCACCUACGAACAUCCGUUGGACACCUGCAGACAGCUCACGGUGCCGUCGACUUCCUCCCAGCCCUCACGGUUUUUCUGCAAAGGCAUUGCCCACGGAACUCCAUACUCCCAGGUGCACAAGAUCGCUUCGACGUCUAUAAUCAAAUCAUUGUCCAGAUGCCAUUUGAUCCCCGCGUCGGCGACAAGCACAACCGCAUGAGAAUUCGUGCGGUCCCGAUGGUGCCACCCUCAUCCACCGGGCGUAAGCCAGGUUCUCCCGCUCACUUCGACAUGGCCCUUGUGUGUACAGAUCGUGCUGCAUUUAGCCGCCGAGGCUUUCAACGUUUGCGGGUAGGACAAGUUCGUGUGGUAUUCCGCUUGCCUCGUCAAUUUGGACACUAUGCGCGCCCUCUCGCUUAUGUGGAAUGGUUUACAGAUUUCCGACCCCAGCCAGAUCACACGACGAACUUGUAUCAGACAGAUAAGUACAGCAAGGGGCGCAACACCUGGAUCCAAUGGGUGGCGGACACAUAUCGUACGUGCAAGGUGAAUGCGAGGGUGGAUGAAGUGUUGGUGGAGGCGGACCGCGACCCGUUGACGGUAAUGCGGGCGAUGAAGACGAGCACACUGCCAUCUGUCACUGAUGUUGGGUUGGCGACAUAUUAUCCGGUGACGGUAUACAGAGUGCUCGGGAAGGAAGGUUUCUAUGAGAACUGGAUGCCGAAGAAGGGACCGAAUGAGUUCGUCAGUGUGCUGCUGAUCCAUUGCUGGGAGAGGUGGAGGAAGGUGGUGAAGCGGGACCAGGCGGUGAUGAAGAAGAAGCGCACCAAAGUGGAUCAGCUCUGGAAAGAGAAGAUGCCAAUGAAGAAAGACAUCUGGCAUUUUCUUGGACAGAUCAAGUCACUGAUGGGGGGGCUGAAGCGGUAUGAUGGUGAUGCAAGGCUGAUUAUGGAGUUGUCAGCAUGUAAGGAGACACUUGAAGCAAUGCAGGAGGUACUGAAGAAGGAUGGGAACAAGAUACAUGCACAUAUGCUGCCACAAGCAAUGCUCAAGGGACUUGAGUCAUUGUCGACCCCUGUGGAGAUCUUUAUCACCCAGAACAAGCUCAAGGAGGCACUUGCAGUGUGUGAGCCUGAUUCAGAUGGAGAUGAUAAUGUGCUAGAUAAUCUGGAUGAGGUUAAGUGGGAGGAAAGUAUUAAAGAGGUUCAAGACUACACAAGGGACCAGCUGAUAGAUGCCCUGGGCAUUCUGUUGGAGGUGUCUACCUUGUUUCUGGCCAGGAUCAAAGGUGCUUUGCCGGAGCACAACAAUCAAGUCUUUGCAUUUGCAGAACUUAAUGAUGCAGUGAUGCAAGAGAAUCGUGACGCAUGGAGAACUGUUAUAGAGGCAUGGAAGGAGGAUCCUUCAAAACUUAACCCGUUCAUUAUUACCCAUCCUGUCAUGACCCAAGCAUCUGUGCACCUGCAGCUGACGAAUGAGGAGGCUGUGGAGUUGGAGAACGGAUUGAGCUGCAGGAACAGCAAUAUCACCUUCAACAGGACAUAG